AUACACUCAUUUUAAAACGAGGGAGUACUCUUUCAUUUGUAUGCUGCUGCGGGUAAGAAUUUCACCGGGGAAACAUACAAGGUCCAUAGAACAAGUAUCACAUUCUCUUCCUUCCCUUUCUCUUUCAUCUUUCAUUUACACUUUCGCUCUCAGUUUUCACUUUUCUUCGUGUCUUGCGUUUCUGCUUUUUUUUUUCUUCAAUUUCUUCAUAGUUUCCCCGCAUAAGCAUAAACUUCUUCAACUUAAUUUUUGCUUUUAAAAUGUUGAAAACUCAUCGCCAUAAACCCCUUCUCUACCUCAAGGCCUUAACUUUCACACUAUCCCCAAAAAACCCAUUACCAUUUUCUCUCCAUUUCUGCACCAACACUUCCAAUUCAACCUCAUUUGCAGUGUCCUACCUCAUCCACAAUUUGGGUUUCUCUCCACAAUUUGCUUCCAAACUUUCCUCCACCUACCAUCUUUAUUUCAACACAUCCCAAAACCCUGAUUUAGUUCUCAACUUCUUCAAAAACCACGGUUUCUCACACUCCCAACUUUGCCACAUCAUUACCAAGCUACCUUGCCUACUUUCCUGCAACCCCUCCAAAAGGGUCUUGCCAAAGUUUCGAUUUUUACUCUCCAAAGGUGCUUCUAACUCCGACAUUGUUAACCUUGUCAGCAAGGGCCCUGUGAUCCUGUCUCCAAGCCUGGAGAAUCAUAUAGUACCAGUCUAUGAAUUGCUUUACAGAUUCUUGCAAUCAGACAAGGAUACUAUUGCUUGUGCAGUUCAAAAUCCAACUAUACUUAGCGACCAUCGCGUGCCGCAGAACAUUCAAAUGUUGAUCGAGAAUGGAUUGAUAGACUUAAACAUUGCAAGAUUGCUUAGGAUGCAUAGCAAGAUUCUCAGCACAUCUGGCAUUCUCAAGGUGGUGGAGGAAGUGAAGGAUCUGGGGUUUGAUCCUUCACGUUCCUUAUUCGCAGUAGCGAUGCUUGCCAAAAGGACAGUAUCCGAGACCAAGUGGAAAGAGAAAGUUGAUACCUUUAAAAGAUGGGGUUGGUCUGACGAAGAUGUUGUUGAAGCGUUUAGAAAGCAUCCUCAUUGUAUGUUAACAUCCAUUGAUAAAAUUAAUUUAGUCAUGAGCUUUUGGGUCGACGAGUUGGGUUGGGAUGCUAUGGCCAUUGCCAAAUUACCAAGGGUUUUGGGGGCCAGUCUUGAGAGAAAAAUCAUACCAAGGGCAUAUGUUGUGCAAUAUCUUUUGAAGAAAGGUUUGCAUAAGAAAGCAAGCUUAACUACUCCAUUGGUAGUUAGCGAUAAGUUGUUCCUUAACAGAUAUAUAAAACAUUAUAAGGAGGAGUCAUCUUCUCUAUUAAAGCUUUAUGAACAAAAACUGAAUCUCGCACAUGCCACAGACAAAAUUAACAUGUCAUGAACAAUUUUUCAGUUACUUUGCAAAUACCAAAAAUGCAAAUAGUUGUGGACAAAUGCUGUUGUCAUAAUGGCCGCUAUAUAACUUUGAUUAUCUUCCAAACUCAAUAUUAAGGUUGUAAUUAUAGUUUUCUACUGCAAUUAUUUAACACACCAUGCAAUUAGCAUCAUGCCAUAGUUUAUCCAUACAAAGCACUUGACUAUUUGCUGCUUGUUAUUUUAACCUCUUGGUGUUAUUUUAAAUGACUACAUCAUUCAUUCAACAACUAAAUUGCUCUAACAACAUUUUGUCUGGAGUAUUUGAAGAAAUACUUUGCUUAACCGCUCUCGGAUAUUGUCUCAAAUCCAAACUGGACUUCGAUAACAUCGCAGAGAAUUUAUUGGCCUUUAGUACUAUUAAGUACAAAAUCAAUAUCUUACUACCUAUUUUGCUUAUGUACUUGUACUUUUUUUACUAUGUAAAUAGAGGUUUGUUUAAGUAUCUCACCUAUAAAAGUGACAAUCAAAAGCUUAUGUUUGAAUGAAGCAAUAUAUAGAAAAUUUGUGUCUUUUACAGCAAAAUCAUUUUUCAGAUGUUGCAAAUAAGAUGUGAAAAGUAUUUUGAAUUGGAUAGGAUUAGAAAAAAAAAGAAAACUAUAUCUAUAUUCCAACUAACCGUGUAAAAUCAAUAUUGCAGAUUCACACAAUUUCUAAGGAAGGCUUAUGCAUUGGUAAGUAACUCUUCUGAUUUCUAAAUAGUUUUCCUUUGGCUCUCUACACACCCGAUUUCAAAUUAAGAUUUAGCAUAGUUUCUAUUACUGAUGUACAAUGAGAUUCAAAAUAUUUGUUCUCUUUUCUGUAAGAAGACCGCACAUCUAUAUUAUUUUAGAACAAGCAUCAGACACUCCACGAUAUUCUGUUUCGGUGGAUGACUUUGAAACUGAAUCUUGUUUCUUACACUUUCAAGAAAUAAGAGCAUUUCCUAAGAACUUACACCAGCCAGUAGUAGACUUUCUAGUGACAUUAUCCACCUCUUAGAUAGUAAGUGACAUUAUCCUCUUGGAAGACUUUGACAUAUUUUCAAUAUUGUUUCAAAAGUGACAUUAUCCACCUCUUAGAUAGUAAGUGACAUUAUCCUCUUGGAAGACUUUGACAUAUUUUCAAUAUUGUUUCAGAUCAAAUUUUGGCUGUCUGCAUUUUUUUUUGUAUGGACUGAGGUUGCUGUUUGAUUGACAUUCUGCUAAAAGGGUAUCAACAUAAUCUUCUACUUUCAAUCUGAAUUGGAUUGAUAAUUUCUAUAGUAGAAUCAUAGAGCUCAUACAACUUCCUGAGAAGGAACAAACACAUGGUUCAGAACUUGAUGAUAUGUCAAAAAUGCUAUAUGGUACCUGGUUGGGAUUUUGAGAACUUGAUGAUUUUUUUAUGGAUGGUUGAUAAGUAUUUCUGAGAAUAGAAAUGACCUUGUUUUUAUUGUGUUGUUGCUUUGUAUGUUAGCUCUUUAAAAUGUUCAUGAAAAUGUGCCCAUGGACGAAAUAUACGGAAUAAUACAAUUAGUAAAAUGAAUUUGGUACCUCACAAAAUGACCAAUAGGAGAACUUAAAUGAAUUUAUUGAUAUAGAAAUUCAUGGACUAAAUUGACAUGACUAUUUUGAGGGACCAAAUUGAUAUUUACAUUGCAACAAAAGCAUAUGGUCCUUUUUCUGAUUCAUUUUGGUUGUUGAUGCCACUAAAUCAUUUAAUUAUUCAUCUUUGUUUUUUACUUACACCUACUCUUGAAAUUAUAAGCAUCAAUGCUUUCCCAUUCUAUUCUGUAUCCAAAUAGAGAGUUAGUGAAUGGUUGAUGAUGGUCAUCAUGGAAAGAUUUUUGAUGCCUUGGUGAAAAUUUUCUGAUGAUCGAAGAAAAUUGUUAAUUAGGAAUUGAUCUUAUUCCCUGCUAUAAAUUAUUUACUUUUCUGUAAUAGCUUUGAUAAAUUAGACUAAAAAAUAUUUGUCAUUAUAAUUUAUACUUAUCUGUAAUUACCGAUACUAUUAUAUAUAGUAUGAAAUGCAAUAGAGAAAGGCAUCAAUCUAAUUUUCCUGACAUGAUAUUAGUAGGUUCGAUCAAAUUUGGAAAGUCUUGUUAUCUUGGCUGAACAACGAUAUUCCACUGGUUCACUCUUGUAAUCGCGUUCUUUGUUUGUGUUUGUUUUGAAAUCCUUUCUUUCGAAAUUGAAACCUUGUAGUUACUUGCGAUUCUAAGUUUUUGAUUGCCAAUUCGUUAUUUCGUCUUGGAGAUUUUCAUUGUUGUGCUGUGAUCGCAAUUGAUUCUUGGCCUUCUUCGUUUGAUUGUGAUUAUGUGUCGUUUGGUGAUUGCAGAUUAUUGUUUGGCUCCGAUUUAAUCUAUUUCAGUGGUUGUUGA